UUCAAGUUCAUCUUCCUCCUGCAUCACCAUGAGGAACAUGAUGAAAGCUGUGAAGAAGCUCAAGUUCUGGUCAAGAAAGAAAAAGAAAAGGAAGAACCAUCAACCUUACUAUCCUCUCCCACCUCCUUAUCCUCCUCCACCUCCUCCCUGCCACCAUUGCCACGCUUGUUCCUCCUCCACUGAGCCAUCGUCGCUCCACCCUUACCGCCAUGGCUUGAAGCUGAACAGAACUAUGGGACCUUCUCGCAACCCAGUUUCGAACCUGCCCCAGAAAAGCUCAUCCUAUCAACAGUACAUGGUUCCAGAACCUGUUUAUGGCAUUCCAAUUACUCAUACGGCUACACAAGAGAGAUCAGGAGGCUUAUUUGGGUGUGUUUUUGGCUUUGGGGCUCAUUUAUUUCGGUGCGUAUUCCCUUGUUUUCACAUUCGAGAAUAGGUCUGAAACGGGUAAGCCUAAUCAUGCUAGCACAACCCAUUCUUUCUCCCCCUCGUUCCAUUUUCCUUAAUACAGUGUUCAACUCCUUGGCAACUCCAGAUUUGGGCAAUAUGGAAGAAGAUGAAGCAGCGUUGGUCAUCCUUCUGUGAAUUAGUACUGUAAAUAGGAAUUCUACUUGGAGACAAGUUCCCAUACAAAUACAGUUUUGUUACUUUCAUUUCAACUAAUAAAGCGUGGUUCUCUAGUUGUGUGUGUGUUUGAAUGGCUGUUGACUCACGAACCAUAAUGGCUGUAGAAGUGAUUCAAAACUGAGUUGGGACGUAUUUCAAUUGUACUGUCCUAACAACAACUUAUGCUCCCCCUAUGCCCUGAAGUUUAACCGCAGAACAUCCGGUUACUGGAAUUAUAUUCGUUUUAGUGGCAAUUUAAACCAAUUAGAAAGUCGAUCCCCAACCCGCACUCUCUCUGUUGUUCUGAUAGAUUAGAUGAGAAAAACCUUACCAGUCUUUCUCCCAUCUGCGGAUUAUAGUUCUUCCAUAUAAGAAAUCUAUGUACGAACAAGUGCAUUGGCGACAUUGUACUCAAAGUCUGCAAACUAUAGCCCACAGAAUGGAAAGAAAUAGCCGAUAUAGUCCUCCACGAUUGCAGAAACAGGGGAUUCAUUUGCGAGCUGCUACUCCAUCAGAACAGUUCCGAUAUAAAGAUGCAAAAGAAAAAUUAGA